CAAACGUAAACAUCAUGGUUUUAUUCGUGUAGUUCACCGAUUUAGUAUUGUGAUAUCUUUGUAUCAUCUGUUGUAUAUCAAUGCUAUGUUAGCUUUGAACAUAAAUCACACAUGUUUUGCGGUAAAGAAAAAGGCGGACGUUUGCAAGAGUUGCUUUUAGGACGAUUCGCUAUAUUUAAUAUGUACAGUGGACUUCCAUCGCCGGGUCUCUCAGAGGCUGGUCUGAGGUCGGAUGAUAUUCAAAGAUCUCCAGAGAGCAACAAUGAUAAGAGGAUGAAGCAACCACAAACAAAACGGCAAAGGAAAAACCGCCUCAAAAAAAGAGAACCCGAAGAGAAAUGGGAGGAGCACUGGAAGGAGCUCACACAGUAUUUUGGCAUCAAUGAUAGAUUCAAGCCUCCUCCUUGUAGCAGGCCUCCUCUCAUGUCAGGCCUGGAAAAGUGCAUAGAGAGUGCCAUCGCUGAAGGGGACUAUGGGAAGGCGGACGAACUGUGUGACAGACUUGCUACUUGAGAGCUGGCCAUGAAAAUUGCACAAGCCGCCGAUAACCGUGACUUCGCCCGCACCAAACAGGAAGCAGAGGCUUCCCAGUCAGCCCAAAAGAGGAGGAAACAAAUCGCUUGGGGAUUUGAAGCAAAGAAAAGGUGGGAAACCAAAUGCAAUAUGGGAUUCAUGUGACAUUCAUUGCAGUGGAAAUGUUUAUAAUGGUUUAUAGAGGUAAUCUAUCCUUUCAUUGUCUAUGUUUAAUGCAUUACUUUUACAUUAAAGUGUCCUGUUUUUUUGUCUUCAGCUGACAUUAACAUUUCUGUGUUGUGGUCAUUUAUUCAGUUUUGUGUUUAUUUUUUGAAAUAGCUAAAUAAAUUCCCUAAAUACACCAUUAUUGUUAGAUUGGUGUUUACGGUAUUGUGUGUAUUUUGGUUCUUUUUCUCAUAAUUAAAUCUGGCACACACAACUGCACACAGCAUUUACUUACUGUAAGUGGGUUAAUCAAGAGCCUUUUUUUCUUCCACGGAGGUAUGGAGCGAGGGAAGAGAAAGGAAAGAUUAGGGGCCUAAUGCAAUGUGCAGGAUAAUAUGCAAUAGGAUUUGCCUGGGCAAAAUGAAAUUUGUCGGCUGUAAGGAGGUUUGAGCAGUCAUAAACGAGGAGUUUAGUCGGGUUCCAGUGUAGGAUGACUCUGUGUGUGAAGAAGAAAGGACGAGAUGAUAAAAAGAAAGAGAACUGUGUGUAUGACACUGGCCUCAACCCAUGAUGCAUGGACUGUGCUCUUGAUUGCACAUUCUUAUGAGCUGUCAGAAAAGAACCAAUUGACUUACACUUUGAAAAUAUUAAUUGUUAAUUUCAAUAUAUGCAGUGGCCCCAAAAAGCAUGUGGUUACUUCUUGACACUUAAGCCACACUUAAAAUGUAUGAAUGUCUUUGCAUUUGAUGACAAAAUAUCUAACCAAACUUUCUGCAAACAAUUAUUCUAAAGCCUUUUAGAAUACAUUUAACAUUUCUUAGCUAUUUUUGUAAUUGCUUUUAACCAACUGGUCUCAAUGUCCUUUUUAGUGAAUGUAUAAAGUCAGUUCCCCUCAAGCAUCAUAAGAGUAACCACAGGUGUAGUUUAUCACAUUAACUAUAGACAUGUUCUAUUAUGUUUGACCACCAGAAAGUGUCAAAAAAAACCUUUUUCUUCGGUAAUUUGUAAUAAUUUUCAUAAUUUGAAUUUGAACUUUUUGAAAAUUGUGCUUGUAUCUAAAAUGAAUGCCACUUGGUUUGAUAUUUUGUAAUAUAAUUUAAAGACAUUUAUACAUUUUAAAGUGUCCAAUGUGUGUGUGUGUGUGUGUGUGUGUGUGUGUGUGUGUGUGUGUAUAUAUAUAUAUAUACACACACACACACACACGUGCAAUAAACACCUUCCUUCUCUAAGCAUCCCUCCCACCUCCAUGGCACUGGCUAAUAACAGUGAGGUCAUUAGCUGGAAUAUGUAGGCUCACUCCCUUGAUUUAUGCACUGUGAGCCUCGGGCAGAGACAUCUGUAAUUUUAGGGUUUUGACAUACCCACCCUGACAGCCAACUGACAACUGUAGCACAAACUUGUCAGUGUUGCCUUAAGGCAAGGGGUGUGGUUUCAGCCCUGUCUGUUACCACGGAGACAUCUCAGUGAAGGGAAAUCACCUCUCUGUUGUAAAUGUCAUUUUUAAUUAUCAGUCAAAUUGUGGCUGUUACAUCACUAGUAAAGGAUGUCUUAGAAGAUCACAGACUGGUUUAUUCCUAUCACUGUUGUUCAACAUGCUUAAUAAACAGAAUGAAGCCUUUUGUAAUUGAUCUUGUUAAAGUGGUUCUGGAGCAUCUGGCCAUUUUUUAAUUAAAGAGGGAAGAAAAAACUAACAGUUAACAUUUUAGUUCUGCAACAUUUUUUAUGAUGACCUGGAUGACUGAGAAUCUUUGCAAAAAAUGUAAUUAACAUUUCUGCAAUAAAAUAGUUGAAGUCAACAUAAAAUCAAAAUUGGCACCAUUUACUUUUUAAAAGGUGCUCUUAAUAAGUUUUUAUGCUUGUCGUCUUGGACUUAUACUGUCAUCUAGAUUCAUUUAUGAAAUUUUAAAUUAUACCAAGAUAAGGAAAGUGAGUUUGAUGUUGUUUUUUUUUUUUUUUAUCAAUUUCUUUGUUUCCAGGAAUGUUGGUUAUUCAUGUUUUUGAGAUGUUCAUCAGUCAUCACAGCUGAUUUUCUGUAAAGGUGCUUUGGGAAAAUAUGCAUUGGGUAAAGCACAAAU